AUGCUAGUGGUGAUCAGCUUAUGCACUCCCGGUUUGAAUAUCCGCGAAGUAUUAGAGGAAGAUGAGGGUGGAUCAAUCGAGAAGUCCAUCGCAAAGCUCGUUGCAGAGGCACGGAAGAAGCAACGUACGAUCGAGAAGCCAUCGAAAAUUCGUCUCGGCAUUAUGCGCUAUGUCUAUGUGGCGAUUGACUGUUCGCGAUCAAUGACAAGCAAAGUCUUACCACCAUCUCGAUAA